UCUGUGAACUCUUCAGUAGCUCAGCUCUCAUCUCAUCAUGCAUAUCCACUGUGAACUGGUAAUUCUCUUAUUGGCAAUGACCGUUCACACCGAAGCGAUAUAUGGAGGUCGUGAGGCUGUGCCACAUAGCAGACCGUACAUGGUGCUAUUGGAGAGGAUGAUGCCAAAUGGUGAAACUAAGUACUGUGGUGGUUUCCUUCUGAAUGAGGAUUUUGUGAUGACUGCAGCCUAUUGUGAAGCCAGGCAUCCCAAUGUUUUAUUAGGACUUCACAAUUUCAAAAAAAAGGAAAACAUACAGACCAUAUCUGCUGUAAAACUGUUUCCAUACAAAGAUUAUGAUCCAGCUGAAUUCAGAAACGACCUAAUGUUGAUUAAGCUAAGCUCCAAGGCAACAUUCAGCAGCAAUGUCAGACCAAUCACUCUUGCAGACCAUAAUGAUCCUGCUCCAGAAUCAUGCAUCGUCCCUGGCUGGGGACGCCAUGACCAGACUAGACACAUGUCUGUUGUGCUCAGGGAAGUCAAUCUAACACUAAUCAGCAGUGAGUCGUGUGAAGAGCAUAACUCAUACUGCUCUGAGGGUGAAAAAAGACCUGCUGAGGGAGACUCUGGUGGUCCACUGGUCUGUGAAAAUGGAAAGGCUUAUGGGGUGGUGUCCUCGUAUAAAACAACCACAAAUGGACAGAAAAUGUCUUAUUUUACCAAGAUUUCUGACUAUAGAGAAUGGAUUGAUUGCACCAUGAAAUAUAACUCCCUUCAAAAAAAUCUCUAAAACUGUUUGACAUUUAUU